AUGUUUGGAUGGUUCCCCCUGCUGCAGCAGAUCAUUCCUGUCCACAGCUGAUCCACCAUGGACACAUCUCUCUUCAAAGACCUCCUCGUAGGACAUUUAAUGCCAGAAAAAUGCUAUAAUGAGCUUUUUGUCCAAGUUCGUUUUCACGCUCCCUGCCUCAGGUUUGUGCUAAACAAAAUUGUCGGAUUUUGGAUCAUAUUGGAUACAUUUCUGGCGCUGCUCCCUCAGCUGCUGAAGAUUGCAUGGAGUGGAAGCUCAGAGGGCCUCAGCCUGACCUCCUUCCUGCUGCAGCUCUAUGCUUUAUCAUGUCCGGUCAUUUACGCCACAGCCAGCAACUUCCCGUUUUUUGCCUGGGCUGAGAGGCUCUUCACGUUGGCUCAGACAGCAACCAUCGUCUUCCUCAUCCUGCAUUAUCGGGGUCAAUCACGUAAAGGCGUGCUGGUGCUCCUGGGUUAUGGAAGUGUAAUGCUCCUCCUUGGCUUGUACACCGCUGCAGCUGUCGGCAAAGUCAUGCACACAUCCACCAUUCCAGCUCUCAUUUUAAGCAAGGUUGUUCAAACUGCAGCAAACCACCAUAAUGGCCACACCGGUCAGCUGUCCAUCCUGUCAUUGUUACUGUCAUGCCUCGGCUCGCUUGGUGCUGUUAUUGUGUCUGUGCAGGAGAGCGGAGGAUCCUUUACUACUGUGUCUCUGGGAUUGUCUUCAUUUCUUAGCAUCGUCCUAAUGGCCCAGGUCCUCUAUGGCACAAGGGUUGCUGUCUCUAAGAAGAUGGAAUAGCUCUGAAAGGACAGCAAGUGUCUGUGUGCAGUGAUCCUGAGCAAUGUUUGUGCUGUAUUUGGAUGUUUACAGUGUUUUGAUAGUCAUUAUGAACCAGCGUCUGUCUUUAGAACAAACUCUGCUUCCUAAAUUAAAGCUUCUCUGCUGGUUUUAAAUAUCAGA